AUUGAAGCUCCCAUCUUCAAUCAUUGCAUAUCCUGUGAAAUCGAAUGUAGCUUCGUGCAACAAUACACGCCGUUCUCAACAUCGUUUUCAAUUGUUGCUUUCUUGUGGAUCUGCUCUGGACUUCCACCAUCUUAGCCCUCGAUCAGCAGCAUGGACAAUCCUACCAUAAUUCGCACGACCCAGGCCUUGGGUCUGACCACGGCCCUGGUCAGCUCUGGCAUCAGCUUCUGUGCUGCUGGCCUUUGUUUCCCUCCCAUUCUGCCGCUACCGAUAUCUGAAUCCAGCCGUAUACUAGCAAGUCUCUUUUACUCGGGCGGCAAGCUAGUGGUCCCGCUCACCAUUACCUCAGCGGUGUGUAACGGAGUCGCAGGAUACCUGGUACCACAAGCGUGGAGGGAGUACACGGUCGCCGCGAUUCUGGCACUUUCGAUCCCAAUUUACACUAGGGUGUGGAUGAUGCCGGGGAUUAACAAACUGCUGAGGGUCAGUCAAAUGGAUGGAAGUGCGAUUCAGGGAGUCCGGCGUGAACAUGUGUUGCAACUGCUGCAAGAGUGGGCUUCGCAGACGUAUAUCAGAGGUGCACUCGCUCUCGGGGCUGGCUUGUUGGGGGUUUGGGUUCUGGCGAGAACGCAGGUUGUUCAAGAAGCAUGAGUUAUGGGACCAUGAUUUCUGGUCCGUCGGCUGGACGAGCGUGAGCUGAGUCAGGCAUCAUGAUUGAGUAGACUCUCCACUUCUGAUCUCAUCAAUACUAGCUGCGCUGGCAUAAUCAGAUGAUGUUGCAGACCUGGCCUGAAGGAGGACAACUAGUGUGGUUUCAACUGUCAUUAAAGGCUGAGGGGCCAUCAUCACUAUCUUUAAGAGCUGAGGGUGGGGGAGGGGAGCUUUCUGGCCCUAAGUAGGUACUUGGAGCAUUUGGGGUUGCCUUCUA